UUGCCCUUUACAGUCAGUGGUAGCAUGGAUCAUGGACUUCUACAUCAUUUCUGCCGAUAGUGUGGACCACAGACAUCCAUGUGAUCACUGGUAUCAGCACAUGCCACAGACCUCAACAUAGUCUUCAGUGGCAGUACACCAUAACAUCAACACAGCCUUCUGCUGUAGCAUAGGCCAUGGACACCAUGCUCUCCUGGGCAGCACAGGCCAAGGACAUCAACAUGGCCUCUGGGGCAGUACAGAUCAAAGACAUCAACAUGCUUCCUGAACAUCAACAUGGCUUCUUGUGGCAGUACAGACCACAUAUAUCUUCAUGACCUGCGGUGAUAACACAGGCCAUGAAUAGCAACAGUAUCCUGAGCUGCAGUAGGACCACAGACCCAGAUAUGGCCCUUACUGGUACCAUGACCAUGGACAUCAGCAUGAUAUCAAGUGGCAACUCAGGCUGCCUAUAAAAACAUGGCAGUAGUGUAGCCCACAGACAUCAACAUGGAUUCAGGUGGCAACACAGACUGUGGACAUCCACAUAGCCCUUGAUGGUAACAUGAGCCAUGAACAUCAACAUGACCCUCAGUCACAAGCAGGACCAUGGACCCAGACAUUGACCUCUGCAGUAGCAUAGAUAAAAGUUUUAAGGUAGAUAGUAUACAACAAAUGUUAAAUAUAUGGACAGUCUUCUUUAAAUGGACAUGGAUUUAUUUUGGUCUCAAUACAAAAUAUUAGUAUUAAUUGCAUCAUGUACAAUCAUUGCAAAUUUUUUUUUGUAAUAGUCAUCAUUUGGGAUUUCCCCCUUGUUCUUGAUUCACCUUGGCUGAACAAAAUGUCAAGCAAGCAAAGGCAACCUUCACCAUUUAUGUUUUCUUAAUACGGAGCUUUACCUUGAUUCAUUAUUCCUCCUCUAUCUUUUUUGUUACAAUAUCAUUAACAUUGCAAUAGUUGAAAUGUCUUCUCUUGAACCACUGUGGUUAGCAUAAACUGAAUUUAUAAAAUUAUUUUGGAUAACAUUUUUAAAAGAAAAGAGGCUAUGGAGAUGACUUGGUAGGGAAUUGUUUGCUAUAAAAGUAUGAGUGCCUCUUUCCGUCUCUGGCCGCUGCACGGAGAGGAGUCGCCCCCAUGUCCGCGCAUCUGCAAUGGAUGGUCGUUCGGAACUGCUCCAGUUUCUUGAUCAAGAGGAAUAAGCAGACGUACAGCACGGAGCCCAAAAAUCUGAAGGCCCGAAACUCCUUCGGCUACAACGGGCUAAUUCACCGCAAGACCGUCGGAGUGGAGCCUACGGCUGAUGGCAAAGGGGUCGUGGUGGUCAUGAAACGCAGAUCCGGUCAGCGAAAACCUGCCAUUUCCUACGUGAGGACCACCAUCAACAAGAAUGCUCGGGCUACCCUCAGCAGCAUCAGGCAGAUGAUCCGAAAGAACAAGUACCACCCUGACCUGCGUAUGGUGACCAUCCGCAGGGCCAGUGCCAUCCUUCGAAGCCAGAAGCCUGUGGUGGUGAAGAGGAAACGGACCCGCCCCACCAAGAGCUCCUGAGCCCCACACCCCAGAAGCAAUAAAGAGUCCACUGAUUUGUUCGA